AUGGACGACCUGCCGCUGAUCGACACGACGCACGCCACGCGGCUCCUCAAGCAGCUCGCGACCGUCGUCGAGACGCAGCGCUGCGAGCUCGCGCGGCUCGCGGCCAAGGUCGACGCGCUCGAAGCUCGCGCGGCUGGCCAUCACCGCCUUCUCGCGGCCCAUGGCGCCCAAGCGACCGCACUGGACGCUCGGCUCGUCCACGUGGAGGCCGAGCUCUCGUCCGAGACCGCGACCGGUCUCGGCGCGUGCGUGACCCGGCUCUCGAGGCAGCUGGCUGCGGCGGAAGCGCGCUUGGAGGCCAAGGCCGACAUCGAGAUGCUCCACGCGGCCGACGAUGCGUUAGAGCGUCGGCUGGUGCUGCGCCUCCAGCGCAACGAAGACGCUGCCAGCGAGACAGCACGCGUGGCCGAGAGACUCGAAGCCAGCGCCAUGGCGAUCCAAGCCCAUGUGCACGCGAUCGACCAGACGCUGCCGACCAAGCUCGACAAGAUGGACCUAUCGCGGCUCGAGACCGCCUGCGCCAAGCUCACGGGCUUUAGCGCCCGCGCCGAUGGCCUCGACGUUGCGUUGGAGCUGGUACAGGACCGCCUCGAAUCUCUCCACGCACAAGUCGCCGCCGACGUGCGGACGCUCGAAGCUGCAGUUGCCGCGAAGAGAGAGACGAUGCGGACAACGUUCACGGACGCCGUGCACUUGCUGCGGACCGAGGUGCGAGCGUCGGCUGCGGCGACCGCGUCGACCGUCCAAAGCAGCGAGACGCGCCUCCACGAGCAUCUGCAGGCCGAGAUUCAACGUCUCUCCGAGGCCGCUUUGCGCACAGAGAGCAAAUGGGACGCCAACGUCCAAGGACUCGCGUCUGUCUUGCAGACCUCAUGCCGCCAGCUACGCAACGAGGUGGCGAGAAAGGCCAACCGGAGCGAAUUUGUCGACGCAACGAACGCGCUUACUUCGACACUGCAGACCAAGGUCGCGGCCGAGGCAGCCCUCGCGUCGCUCCAGAGCGAGAUCGCGGCGCUCUCGGGCUGGUCCAAAGACAUGACGACCAAAGUGGACAUUGCGCUGCGUUUUGUCGACUGGUUUUACGCCCGCGGCAGUGCGUACGAGCACAAUUUACGCAGCGUCGAAGCGCAGCUCACGCAUUUAGCCCACGCGUCAUGAAGCAUUCCGAUUAUACUACUACGCGGAUCGGUGUGUACUCUUCGAGGAGUCGGCGCCACUCGUCCGCCCGCGUCGCU